UAGUUCCUAUUUUUUUUUAAUAUAUGAAAUAUUAUUAGCAAAUGUGAAAGUUUCCACUAAAUUUACACAUAAAAUGAAGCACACGUGGCUGCAAUUGCACAAAAUUUAACCGCUUAUGCAUUUAAGGAUAAAUGAGAAGUCAAAUUUUGAGGCGAUUCAUGAUGACCCACUUUGACUGUAAAAAUCGCAUCGAAGUCUACCAUUGCAAAGAUUGCAAUUUCCACACCGAAUUAACCCUCUUUUAUAAACUCCAUCGUCACAACCACACCAACAUCAAACAAGAACACCAGGUUGAACCCUCCAUCCAGAAAUACAUCUGUAACAAGUGCUCCUUUGACACCCAUUUUUUAAUAAAGUGGCUUCAGCAUGCGUCCACUUGUAGCAAAAUAACCACUAAAAAUUCAAGAAAAAACGUUUUUACGUGGUACAAUUGUGACCAGUGCGACUAUAAGUCUAAAUACAGGUGGAAUUUAAACCUCCACAAAAGCUCGAAACAUAUCACCGAAGACGACAUCCGUUGGCAGCAAUGCACAAAGUGUCCAUACAAAGCUAAACACAGAUCUUAUUUGCAGCGUCACGUGAAACGCCACCACUUGGACGAAAAAGACAUCCGGUGGUAUAAAUGUGAGCAGUGCCCCUACAAGUCGAAACAGACCUCAUGUUUGAAGAAGCACGUAAUCGCGCAACAUUUGGACGAGAAAGACAUCAAGUGGUACAAGUGUGACAAGUGUCCUUUUAAAACUAAGAGAAACUAUUAUUUGAAAAAUCACAUAAACAGGCUGCAUUUGCAAGAUGAGGAUGUCAAAUGGCACGAAUGUGGGGUGUGCUCUUUCAAGACUAAACAGGACUAUAAUUUGAAAAGGCACAUGAAUAAUGUGCAUUUGGAUGAGGAGGAGAUUAAGUGGUACGAGUGCAAGGAGUGUCCGUACAAGACUAAGCAGAAUUUUCUUUUGAAAUGUCACACGGUGAGGCGGCACUUGGAUAAGAAGGAUAUUAAAUGGUACGAAUGCAAAAAGUGCCCUUUUAAAACGGUUUAUAGUCAUAAUUUGAAGCAGCACGUGAUUGUGAGGCAUCUGGAUGACCAGGAGAUUAAGUGGUACAAGUGUAAGGAGUGCUCUUAUAAAGCUAAGCAAAAGUCGCGCCUGAAGUACCACGUGAAUUCGUGCCAUUUGGACGAGAAGGAGGUUAAAUGGCACGAGUGCCAAAAGUGCCCGUAUAGGAGUAAAAAGAGGUUUGAUUUGAAGAGGCAUGUGAAAGCAAGACAUUACGGGGAUGAAAUCAGCGUUUGAUUGUACUUUAACAACCAAUGGAGAUAUUUUUGUUUAAUAAAUGCGUAUUUUUGUUGCUA